AUGGCAAGAAAAUUUAACAAAACUUACAGUGAUUUUGAAAUUACUCUUGCAUUGAAUAAAUUGCAAACAACAAAGUUGAUAAAGUUUAUCGACACAGUCGAAAUUGAGCAAUUACCCGCUGAACAAUUUUCAUUCGUAUCAAAGAAAAAAUCGACAAUAUCGGCAACAACAGCUACGACAUCUGUUCCAGAUUUAAAUACUAGUGAAUGGGAUAAAGAUACGUCGAUGUCGCUGAAUGAUAGUAGCAGUUUACUUCUACCACUCAAUACCAGUGUUUGGGAUCAUAAUGCUACUAUUCGUAUGGACUUAUCUAGAGCAUCGGAAUCUACAAUCGAAGUGGCCACAACAUCAUUAUCUUCAUUGACUCCUCGAGCAGGACAACUUUUAACACGUGAAGAAGCAUUACGUCAGAUGAGGGAGAAAGGACAGCGAGCAGCCAAGAAGGUGAAGCCAGUUCAGAAAAGGACAUCAGUGAAACAAAAAAAGAAUUCCAAAGCAAAGAAAUUGUCCACAAUUGAAGAUGGUAUGUUAUGCUGCCUGAUAUCUUAG